UCUAGAGUGCUGGUGCAACGUGUUUGGUGUACGUUAGGAAAAUGUUCUGGUUCUGGACCGUGGCGCCAUUCGUGGUGCUGGUGAUAUGGUUGGUGCACAUGUGGAUCCUGGAGUGUAACCGAUUCGCCGCGCAUUUACCAAAAAUGGAACCAUAUUAUCCGAUCAUUGGCAAUGGGCUUCUGUUUAUCGGCAAACCUAGGACUGUGAUGUUUGAUGCGUUCAUCAAACCGUUUGGGCAAUUCGAACGGUGGUUCCAGAUAUGGCUUGGACCAAAGCUUUUGCUUUCCAGCUCACAUCCCGAUAUUAUGCAGGCCGUGCUGACGCAUCCGGAUUGUCUAGAGAAACCAUUUCUCUAUGAUUUCGCCAAACUCGAACACGGAUUAUUCGGUGGCCGCUAUCAUACAUGGAAAACGCAGCGCAAAGCUCUAAACCCAUCCUUUAACGUUCGCAUCCUGAACAGUUUCAUACCGGUGUUUAUCAAGUGCUCAAACUUGCUGGUCAGCAAUCUAGAGAAGGCCAUAGACCAAGGUGGUAAAACGGUCUCUGUUUUGCCGCAUAUCAGCAAAUGCACGCUAGAAAUGGUGUGUGGUACAACGAUCGGAUACGAUGUGCUAGAACGAUCCGGAAAGGAUACUCUGCUUCACAAUCUCGAUCGCUGCUUCGAAUUGGUGGCCAAACGAAUGUUAAGUGUUCAUCAAUACGUCGAUGUGCUGUACAGGUUUAUGCAGGAUUGUGCAGAAGAAGCACAAUGCAGGAAUUUGUGUUACGGAUACUUCGAUAGUAUUUUAGAUUCUAUAAAAAAUAGGCUGAAAAACGUCAAUGAUAUGGAGGAGCAGGAAGACUUCAAGAAACCUCAAAUAUUUGCGAACCAACUGUUGUCGGUCAAACACAAUGGAAAUCCAUUCACGGACGAAGAAAUUGCUCACAACAUCUACACCAUUAUUGUGGCGGGAAAUGAUACAACAGCACUUCAAGUGUCACAUACCUGCCUGUUCCUUGCCAUGCAUCCAGAGAUACAGGAGCGGGUUUACCAAGAGGUAAUGGAGGUCUUCCCAAUCACCGACCAGGAGAUUGAGAUGGAUGACCUCAAGAAGCUCUCAUAUAUGGAAAGAGUACUGAAGGAAAGCCUCCGAUUGGCACCAUCUGGACCGAACAUCGCGCGUCAAGCGAUGCACGAUAUUGAGAUCGGAGGAUUGGCAAUUCCAAGCGGAAGUCUCAUAGUGCUGAGCAUAUAUGCAAUGCAACGUCGUAAAGAUAUCUGGGGCCCUGAUGCGGAUUGUUUUGAUCCAGAUCGCUUCCUACCGGAUCGAAGCGUUGGUCGCAACGCAAAUGCCCUAAUGGCGUUCAGUGCUGGUUCGCGAAACUGCAUCGGAGGUCGAUACGCCAUGAUCGGAAUGAAGAUCAUGCUUUCCUAUAUAGUAAGACGGUUUCGGAUGAGUACGAAGCAAACCAUGGCCGAUUUGACGUUCCGCUUCGAUGUUACACUAAAGCUUGAAUCCGGCUAUGAAGUGUGUUUAGAAAAACGAACAAUGAUUUAGCAAACUGUGAAUGUAUUUAUUAAUAAAUAUAUAUUUAGUAAAUAUAAUGUAAUAGUGAAUAUUUUGUUAUUUUCAGUGGACUUUUUUGAGCAUGUGCAACAAACAGCGUACAAGGCUUUUAUUGAAAUUAUUCGACAAUCUUUAAAAAAGUGUAAUCGAUUUUAUCGGAAUCGUCGUGUCGGUGCAAACAGUUGCUCCUAGAUGUGUACUUUACCAUUAAGCGUAUGAAUUACACUUUACAACAACUUCAGGCUAAGAUGGAUAAUUAGUAUUGAUCAUUCUCCAACCAUCGAAACUAACUAUACAACGCACACCACAUAUUCAUCUUUAUACUAAUCGAACGAGCAGGGAUGACGUAUUAAGUCCAUCAGUUUAGAUUUACCAGUGCGAUAUGCGAUGCGUGAUGAAUGUAGUUAAAAAAAUAUACACUUUUUUAAAGUAGCUGU